CCUCAUCUAAUGCGAUAUAUUCUCCACCCCAUAAAAACCCUACCAACAAAACAAUCCACCCUCUCUCCCAUCACCUCUCGUAUCCCAUCACCCCAAACUUCACAAAAAUAAUCCCAAACACAAACAAACCCAACCAGCCAUGGCCAAAAAGAAGACUACCCACCACAACCGCCAAGACGAUAAACCUCCCCAAAACCCGCAUCACACCCACCAAGCCGCCAUGGACGACGCUUCCGAGAAGCUCGAUAACUUGAAAUCCCUCAACUCUAUACUUCUCAAAGAGGCCGUUGAGCGCCGCCAACAGGUCGAAUCGCUUCUCCAUUCAAAAGGGUUUCUGGAGUCCGAGUUGAAUCGGUCUGAUAUGGAGAAACAGGGCUUGCAAUCUGAGUUGGUUCUGUUGCACGACCUAGCUGCUCAGCUUGAGUUGGAGAGGGAUUUGGUUUAUGGGUUCGUUGGUGUGCAGGUGAGUGAGCAGGCGGAGGUGGUUGAGAAGGAGAGAGAUGGGUUUUGGAGAGAGAAGGUGGAGAUUGAAGGGAGGUUGUUGGGACUAGAGAGAGAAAUGAAGGAGGUUGUGAGAGAGAAGAGUGAGAUUGAGAAGGUGAGGAGAGAGAGGGAAUCUGAGAUUGGGGUUUUGAAGAAGAAGUUGAGGGACCUUGUUGUGGAGAUUGAAAAUGAGAGAGAUGGGUCGAGUCGUCUGUGUCGAGAGAGGGAUGUUUUGAAUGGUAGACUUGAUGCUCAGAUUGAGGAGACAAAUGGGUUGAGACUUGAACUCAAUGAGGCAGAGAAAAGAGAGAGAAAGAUUCAAGAAGAGGUUGAGAAAAUGAAGAUGAAAUACAAUGCGGUGAUGGAGGAAAAAAAUGAGAGAGAAAGAAGGAUUGAAUCGGUUUUGAGGGACAAGGAUUCAAUUGAGAGGAAUUUGGCCGAGUCGAAUCGGGUAAUUGAGGAAUUGAAGACUGAAAUUGAGGAAAUAGUUAGCGAGAAGAAAGGGAUUGAGGAGGAGAGGAGUUUGGAAAUGAUGAAGAAAAAGGAGUUCGAAACUGCAGUGGGUGCACUCAAUGAGAAGGUAGUGAGUUUGCAAAAGGAAGAACAGAGGUUGCGGGCUAACGUAGCCGAUUUGGAGAAGAGGUAUGUGGAAAGUGUGGAGAUGGAAAAGCAGAUGGUGGAGAAGAUUGAUGUUUUAGUGAAAGAAAUGAAGGAGAAGGAAAGGAGCUUUGAGAGUUUGAUUGAGGAAAAGGGUUUGAUCAAGGAAGAUUUGAACCAGUCUUUGAAGGGACUAGAUGACCAGAAGCGAAAAAUGGAUGAAAUAGUUCGAAAGAAAAUUGAGAUCGAGGAGGCGAAAGUCAGAGCCGAGAAUGAAAUUGUUGAAAUGCAGAGAGAGAUGGGUGAACUUAUGGAUGAUAUAUCAGCAUUGGAAGCUUCAUGUAGGAAUCAAACAGAGAAGAAUGAGCAAUUGCAAUCUGUAGUUAAUCGAUAUAGAGAUGAAAUUACUCAAAUCACUAUUGAGAGGAAUGAGGAUAGAAAGGGCUUUGAAGAUGAGAAAAAGAUUAGUAUAAGCUUGAGGGAGAGAGUUUUGGAAAUGGAGAAGAAGAUUAAAGAAACCCAGAAGGUUGUUGGUCAGAUGAAAGCUGAAAAUUGUAAUGUGAUUGAAGAAAAGAAUGAGUUGGAAAGCCGAUGUGAUAUGUUGAUGAAGGAAAUAGCGACAUUGGAGAAUUCACUUUUGAAGGUUAGGAAAGAAUUUGAUGAUAUGAAGGCUAAAGUGGAAGCUGCUAACGCUAAGUCGGAGCAUGUCUUGAAAAUGUUAAGGAACACUGGAGGGAUUGUUUGUCUGUCGAAAGAUGGAAUUGGCCUUACAGAAUAUAAUGGGAUUAUUGAUGAAGAACAGGUUGGAGAAGAGGUUAAACCGUAUGUGGCCGAGUUGGAAGCAAUCCAGAAUGCUUUCAAGAACAGGGACGCUAAGGUUGAAGGCAUGAAGCAGCAGCUUGUGAUUCUGCAGAAUUCGGUAGCAGAGGCGAGAAAGGGGAAGAACUUUUGGACUUUGGUGUCAUCUGCAACAACAAUAUUUGCUGCAGCUUCUGUUGCAUAUGUUGCUCGUAUUCGCUGAAUGCAUUUUUUUUUUUCUGAUUUAAGUCCAUUCUGAUAGGUGCAAAAGCUAGCAAUUCCAAGAGUAGUAACUAGCAGGCCAAAAAGAAAUGCCAAUGCAGAUUAUUCUCAACUAGAGAUCAUUUUCUUAUAUGCUUUUACUUCUUUUCAGUCCUAAGGAACAAUACAGCGCACUAUUUCCCUUUUGCCCUUUUUUCCUUUGAUUCAAAACUAUAUUUGAAUCAUUAUGUUAUGAUGUUUUGAUCACUCUUUUGUAUUGGGGUUUGAGAGCUCCAGGAAAUGCAAUGAAUCCCAUUUAAUUGGCACUAGAUAAA